AUGGAACGUUGGUCAAAUAAAGUGGCUGUAAUCAGCGGUGCUAGUGCCGGUAUAGGAGCAGCCUGUUGCAAGGCUCUAGUAACAUCCGGUAUGCUUGUUGUUGGCUUGGCCAGAAGACAAGAACUUAUUCUAAAACUUAAAGAUGAAUUACCGGAAAAAUUUCGUAAAAAUCUACAUGCAAUACGCUGUGACAUUACCCAAGAGGAUCAAGUAGCACAGGCCUUCGACUGGACACAAAAACAAUUGGGUGGCUGUGAUGUGCUGAUAAAUAAUGCCGGCAUCAUAGCAACGACACAAUUAUCUCAGCGCAAUAAUACCAAGGAAAUACGUCAAACAAUUGAUACAAAUCUUUUGGGCACGGUUUUCUGUACUCGCGAGGCAUUUCACUCCAUGUGCUCGCAAAAGAAUGGUAAUGGUCAUAUAGUGAUUGUUAAUAGUGUGGCUGGUCAUCAGGUGCCGAAUUUGGGUCCAGCUUUGCCUUCUCUCAACGUAUAUCCAGCCACAAAGUUUGCUUUGAAGGCCAUGAAUGAAAUAUAUCGUCAAGAAUUUCAGCGUCAUAAGACACAAGUUAGAGUUACUACCAUAAGUCCGGGUAUAGUUGAUACUGAUAUUUUACCUACUGAUAUAUUAACUGUGGUUAAAGCCUCCCUACCCAUGUUAAAAUCUGCUGAUGUGGCCGAUGCUGUUGUGUGGGCUUUGGGUACACCACCAAAUGUACAGGUUCAUAACAUCACUAUUAAGCCAAUGGGAGAACAAUUUUAAAAAUGAGUGCUGACUUCUUUGGAAAUAUAAAAUCACAGAUUAUUAUAUUGGAAAAUUAACUUAAGUUACGGUC